AUGUCGGCUGAUGUGCUCUACAGUCCUCCCAGCCAGUCCAACUGGGAGAUUUCAACGCCCCUGGGCACCUCCUUAUCAGCGCCCAUUAAAAAGGAGACCAAAUCGACCCCCUCAGUGGACACCUCCUGCCUGAUGGCAAACCAAAAGCCGUCUCUGCAGUCCAGCAUUUACGAUGAAAUUUUGCCCCUUUCUCAAGCUGAGUCGGCCGACGACCAUUUGCCGCCUCGAACUUCUCCAAUUUUACGCCGAGUGUCUGCCUUGUACAGACCGCAGUAUCGAAGACGGGCAAUCUACAUACCUGUGCCGUCCCAGGGCCAAUCACCCUGGUCGUCUGGACGCAACGUUUCUGUUGGGAAAGCUUCUCUGCCCAGCAGAAACGCUGGUACGCAACCCGUGGUUCAGGCCAUCCAGCAGCAACAACCCCUCCCUGAGGAGGUGUUAGAAGAACUAGCCCUUCGUUAUACGUCGUGGAAUCUGUCACGUAUGCGAGAUUCGAUGCCCAGUGGUAGUCAGCCCCCGGCUACUCCAGUCCAUCUGCCCUGCCCCCCUGCAGUCCUAGACGAUCCUCUUGUCCGGGAGCAGAACGUAUCCAACGUUUCCUUCUUUCGACUACGCUCUGCAGGCGACCUCUGCACGUCGGCGCUCAGCUUUGCCACACAGAUCUCCACGCCGGAUCUCGAGGCAGCAGUCCGUCGUGUCAACGGUAUUGUCGCUGUAGGUGCUUCUGCAGUCUCAGGGUGUGUAGUGGCAGCUGAGGCACGUAGGAAUGGGCUGGUUCAUGGUACCUUCGUUCUUAAUUACUCCACCAUUGUGUUCUUCACACUUUCCACUGCCCUCAUGUAUUGGGAGGUAGUGACGCCAUUACUGAUUCAAGUUCAUAUGGUGAAGCUCGACGACUCCCCUCGAGACCCUCAGCCCCAGUCGCAGGCAGCUGAAGGCUCGACUCACGUUGGCAUCUACGAGAACGACAGUGAGUCAAUGAUCGUUCAAAGCGGCCAGACACGCGAAGUGGGCGUUGGUGCCGAUGGGGCUCCAAAUGCGGUUGCUCCAGAACCACCCUAUGAACGCUCGGGACAGGGCGUAUUCAGCUCAUCCCUAAACGUCAGGGGACGAACAUCUUCCAAGCCUUCGCGUCGCGUUAACAUUGCGUACCGCGUUCGCCUGCUGCCCUUCAUUCCGCGCUACUGUAUUAUUCGCUUCGAUCGCUUGCAACUUAGUGCUCUCUUCGAUCGGUAA